GCAUCUCGUGGGACGGCAAACAUAAGAAGUAGCCCUGGCCACGAUGCCAGUUUCUCAAUAUGUCCUUGACCAGUUGUCACACACAGUCGCUCCAUCGUCAUCCUCGUAAUCUUGAUCAGCUCGGGGUUUGAGCCGUCCUUCGUUGCAGACCAAACCAUCCGUCACUCGUUCAAACUACCCUCAUCGCCACGAUGCUGUCCAGCUCGCUCCUCACCCUCCUCUCCUUCGCAGCAACGGCCGCCGCAACGGCCAUUCCUCGUGCCGACACCACCUGCACAAAUCCUGAGGUCCGCAAAGAAUGGCGUGAACUCACCACAGCCGAAAAAGCAGAGUACAUCCGCGCCGCCGUCUGCCUCCGUACCCUUCCCAAGGCAAAGUACGCCGCCAUCGACGCCGUCACAACGCGGAUGGACGACCUCGUUUACACCCACUUCGCCCUCAACACCGACAUUCACUUUGUCGCAAACUUCCUCCCCUGGCACCGUUGGUACGUCAAGCUCCACGAGGAUCUCCUCCGGUCCGAGUGCGGCUUCAUGGGAACGCAGCCCUACUGGGAUUGGAGCAUCGACGCCGACGCCCUCGAUACCCAGCACUCACCCGUCUUUGACCCCGUCACUGGCUUCGGUGGCGAUGGCAAGCGCACGGGUAGCGAUGUACCCGGAUUCGAGCGCUGCGUGGUCGAUGGUCCGUUUGCCAACACGAACUUGACGUUGGCUAUGGGGUGGCCUGAUAUGAACACUCCCGGAAACCGGCUGCACUGCUUCGCGCGCGAGUUCAACGGCGGCGAGGGCAACGACGCAAAUGGCGAUCCUAUCAUUGGCGAUAUGCAGGCGGGAGCGUACAACUCGAGGACCAUGAACACCGUCUACGGCUUUGACAGGUUCCCUGAUAUGGUCUCUAUGCUCGAGGGACUGCCGCACGCGCAGAUUCACAGCAUCAUCUUUGGCGAUAUGGGUCCUGCUACCUCGCCCAACGAGCCUCUCUUUUUCCUCCACCAUGGCAAUGUUGACCGUGCCUGGGCCAAGUGGCAAGGGCGCAAUGCUACCCGCCUAGCCAACUACGCCGGCUUCAACAACCCCGACAAGACCAUCUCCGCCUCCAUCACAGAUACCAUGCCUGUUUUGGAGCUUGCUGACGUCGAGCCUAUCGUUAAGGAUUACAUGGACACCCUGAGUGGCCCUCUGUGUUACACAUAUUCGUCCAUGUAAGGAGAAGCCUUGAGGGAGCUCCGCAGGUGAUCUCAAAAGCUUGACUGUUUGUCCGAUUCAAAGAAAUCUGCCAUUUAGAUAUACCCAUUUCAAUGCGAUCAUGUUCAUGCAAAUUAUUC